AUGCUGCUUGAAAAGUCUUCAGAAUGGCAGAACACAUCAAGAAUAAAAGAAUUCAUCCUUCUUGGAUUUGGGAAUACUAAAAACAUUAAUCCUCUCCUGUUCAUAUUAUUUCUAACAAUUUAUACUGUCACAUUAUCUGGAAACCUUCUCAUAAUUACAUUGGUCAUGAUGGAAAAGCAUCUCCACACUCCUAUGUAUUUCUUCCUUUCGAAUCUCUCCUACUUGGAGAUCUGCUACACCACAGUUAUAAUACCUAAAAUGCUGGGCACUUUCCUUUCUGGAAAGAGGUCAAUUUCUUUUUGGGGUUGCAUUUUACAAAUGCAUUUCUUUUGCACACUGGGAGCUACAGAGUGUUACCUUUUGGCAGCAAUGUCAUACGAUCGUUAUCUAGCUAUAUGUAGACCCUUCCAUUAUGUCCUUAUUAUGAACAACAAAACAUGCAUCUUGCUAGUUACUAUAUCUUGGAUAAAUGGUUCAUUUCUUAUCACAAUUUUAACAUCCUUGUUGACACAACUCACAUUCUGUAAUCGAUACAAAAUUGACCAUUUCUUUUGUGAUUUCACACCCCUGGUAAGACUUUCUUGCAGUGACACUUGGAUGAUUGAAAGUGUGGCUUUAAUGACAUCAACUGUAGGACUUCUAUCUACAUUUUUCAUAACUGUUUCAUUCUAUGCACUUAUUAUUAGAGCAAUUCUAAAAAUCCCAUCUCUGGAUGGGAAGAAGAAGGCAUUUUCCACUUGUUCUUCCCAUCUUACUGUAGUUUCUAUUUUUUAUGGAUCCUUAAUGUUUGUUUACAUUUUGCCAACCACUGGAAAAUUUGAAGAUAUGAAAAAGGGCUUUUCUUUUGUAUAUACGGUUCUUACCCCCAUUGUCAAUCCCUUCAUUUACAGUUUACGAAAUAAAGACAUAAAAGAAAUCCUUAGAAAAGAAUUCUUCAAAUUUGGAACAUUUUCUGACUAUCAUUAA